ACAAAUAGUAAUACAUACAAAUUUGAAACCAAACAUAAGGUUUGAAUCGUCUUGUCCUCAUUUGAGGUUCAUGGUUUAUUCUUCAAUCAAUAGCUCUGCUCGAAGCUUCGAUCAAUUUAUUUUUUCUAAUGGGUAGUCUCACCAUGGAAUGGUCUGCAACAUCAGCUACAAGAGCCUAUCUUGAUACCCUUAAAUUGUGCAAUGAUCACAAGAAACGAGUUGAGUCGUGGAAAACACAAGAGCUUGGAAGUAACGAAUUCGUGUCGGCGUUGGCUGCUGGAAUGAAAGCCAAACUGAUAGUGGAAGUGACAUCUACGGCUUCUCCAUCGACACUAGCCUUGGCAGCCGCCGCAAGACAAACCGGAGGGAGGCUAGUGUGCAUUCUCCCGGAGCCAGUUCUUGCUGAGUCUAAGAAAUUCAUCAAAGAAUCUGGUUUAAGGCAUGUGGUAGAGUUCAGAACUGGCGACCCUUAUGAGCUCUUAGCAAGCUACGAAAACAUUGAUUUCUCUCUUGUCGAUUGCAAGAGCGAGGACUACACAAGGCUGCUGAAUCUGCUCGAUGUGAACCCUCGAAGAUCAGUGAUUGUGGCUAAUAACUUGGCCAGUGAAAGAAAAGGUUUGGAAGGCCGUGUCAGGGGCAUGUUGGAGGAGAGAGUUGCUGUGAGGUCUGUGAAGCACCCCAUUGGAAAAGGCAUGGAGGUUACCAUGAUUGGAACCACUAACAAUAUGGAGAUGAUUGGGAAGAGGGGAAGUGGUACUGGUUGUGCUAAUGCUGCUGCUAAUUCUUUUGGGAUUGGAAAAAGAGGUGGUUGUGUGAAGAAGAGUGGUAAAAAGAGCAAAUGGGUAGUUGAGUUUGAUGAGAAAAGUGGUGAAGAACAUAUCUUUAGAUUGCCCAAAUAGCUUCUUUGAAUUAGAGAAGCUUUCAUAAUGAAUGAAGUUUUACUGGUUUUCACACUGCCAUAUAUAAGGGAAUGGAAACUAAUAAGAUGAAAAGAGUCUCUAUUAAAUUGAAUGAUCCCAUUGCAUGUUUGUUCCCAUGUUGGAUAUCAUAUAUAUGAGAGUAAGGCAUAGGGCUUAUUAGGUGACUGUUAUUACAAGCUCUUUGAAAAUGAUCACUUUGUGUUUGUGUUUUGCUUUCCUUAGUAAGAUGGGAAGUUGAGAAUGGCCUCUCAGAGAGAGAUUAAACUUAUCUCCUGUUAGCUGCUAUAGAAGUGUUGGCUUUUCCAAUCGAAUUGUGCUUAGUUAUAAAUAACUAAGUCAAAUAUGUCAGGUACCUGCCUGUAAUUAAUUAUCUGUGGUUGUAUCUAUUAUGUUUGUUGUAUCAGGCCACUACCUAUUUACGUAUAUCACUUAGAAAUCAAGAAACAUGAUUAAGUGUAUUUGGUGGGGGCUCAUCUCAUGCUAAUUAUGAGACUAUCUAAAUAAAUAAAAUAAUACCAUCUUUUUUGUUUA